AUGCAUCUCUUGUUUCAAUUGCACGAGGAACUCGUGCGAAGGUAUCCGGUGGGCGAAGACCUGAAUUAUGGCCAGCUACAAGAACUCGAGCGGCUGGACAUGUUCGUCAAGGAAGCCCUAAACCUCUGGCAUCCCGUGACAAUGCUGGUGUCGCGCCACUGUCGAGCCGACACGACCAUUCUUGAACAGUUCUUCCCGGCCGGAUGCGAGGUUUUCGCACCGGUCUGGCACAAUCACCAUAACCCUCAAAUUUGGCCCGAACCAUUUCGAUUCAACCCGGAGCGAUUUGCCCCAAAAAUAGCGAAGGAUAUUGAUCUCAGCACUUUCAUAUCGUUCGGCGUCGGGCACAAGUCUUCCAUCGGAAACUGGUUUGCCUUACUUGAAUUGAAGGCCGCACUGUGCAAGCUCUUGAGGAGAUACGAGGUACUGCCGUUCUCGCGAGUUGAAGACACUAUAGAGCUCAUCGUGCAGAGGAUGAUUAUCCACCCUAAGACACCUAUACAGGUCAAGCUGCGGCUUAGGACAGAAACCGUGGCUAGCGCCAAGCCGUAA